CCUCGGUUAGCAUUAGCCUGCUGGCGGAGGAGCCGAAAAGCUGAGGAAUUACUCUGUAAGAAAAGAACUGAGUUUAUCAGAAUAAGCUCCUGUGCGUUGGCGAGCGGAGGACGCGGCUCUGCUCAUGUACAACCACGUCAUGUGACUGUCUUGAUUUUGAAGCGUUUAGUUUCUUUUUUCUUUUUUUGUCUCCUUUAAUUUGGUUUUCUUCGUCACACACGGUCCACGCAGGACUUGUUAUCGAGCAGUCAAGCGCUCCCUGACUUUCUGUGAACGGUGGAUUUGGUCUCUGGUGGAAAAAGAAAGUGCUGCAGAAAAAAAAGCCAACGGAGUUAAGGAGGUGAAACUGAAGGAAGGCUACCUCAAGAAAACCACGGUGACGGUUACGGCACAGUCGACACGUUUUUCCUCGUCGCUGGAUGUUUUAUCCCGCAGAGAGGACACGCUGAAGGGAUGUUUAUCGAGUCUGGGCAACGGUCUCAGUGGCAACCUCUAACAAUGGGAUUUCAGAACUGCUGAAGAGACCGCGACAAAAGACGAGGGAAGAGGGCAAGCGAGGAGAACAAAAGGAGAGGGUUGCGGGGGAGCUGGAGGCGCUUUUGAAAAGGGAAUCAGUUCUUUCGGGCCCGGCGGGGGGUGUGCAUGCUGCCCCCUCAACUGGACAUCCUCUUUUGUGCCAGCGCAAGAAAACAAAAGCAAGUAUGCCCAAUAAACUGAGUGAGUUCCGGGAUGCGGGCUGCUGCAUGCCGAAGCUUGGGGGCAGGACUACGGCUCUGCUCCUGCUGACAGUAAUGCUUGCUGGGGCCCAGGCGCAUUGGCCCCAGGGGCCCAUGGAGGUUCUGGGGGACAUUGGGCAGUUGCAGGCUUCCAUGCACUCCGCAGUGCUCUCCGGUUUCCAGGAAGCAGAGGCGGUGGCAGCCGCGGCGUCACAACCCAGCAGCCUCCCCGACUCAGCAGCGGUGGUGGGACGAGUGUUCCAAAUGCGAAUCCCCACCAAAGCCAAGGACUCCAGUAGCACAGUUAAGGUUACUGAGGCAGGCAAAGAUACACUACCAGCAUGGUUGCAUUGGGAACCAGCAAGCAGCACCCUUCAAGGACUUCCUCUGGAGGUAGACAAGGGUGUCCAUUACAUAUCCAUCUCCAUUACUGAUGCAAGUCAUGUGUCCCAGAGCCCUGAUGUAUUCUCCAUCGAGGUUCAUCCAGAGGAACAUGCUGACACUGAUCCCAUUCAGUUAGCAGUCCAAUCAGCCAGCAAUGAUUCUCAGCCUUUUGUCUGUGGCAAUGAAGAGCCUGUUACAGUACUCACAGUCAUUUUGGAUGCAGAUCUUACCAAGAUGAGCUCUAGGCAGAGAGUGGAGCUUUUGGCAAAGAUGAAAAAGUUCUCUGGUGUGGGGCUUCAGCACAUGAGGAUCUUACCUGUUGUCAACAAUCGCUUGUUUGAUAUGUCUGCUUUUAUGGCUGGACCAGGAAAUGCCAAAAAGGUGGUAGAAAAUGGUGCUCUUUUGUCCUGGAAACUAGGCUGUGCCCUGGAUCAAAGCAACAUUCCCAAUAUCAGCAGCGUUCAGAUUCCAGCAAAGGAAGGGACAAUGUCUGCACAGUUGGGAUACCCUGUUGUAGGCUGGCACAUUGCUAACAAGAAGCCUCAUGUACCUAAAAGGGUCCGGCGGCAGCUAAACAACACCCCUACUCCUGUCCCCUCUUUACUUCCUCCGACAACAUACCCUGAGCCAGCCAGCCGCAUUGUGCCUACACCUACGUCACCAUCAUUUGGACCGACCUCAGACAGCUCUGCACCACCUAUCCGGGUCCCUGUACCAUGGCCUGUAAGACCCACCCAGCGUACCAGAGAUCCAAUUGCCCACACUCCCACAAUGGGGCCCCCACAGCCCACUAGAAUUAUGGACACCACCAGUACAAUUGCUAUCCAGCCCACGAUGACCAGGCCGGUAUAUGUUGGCCCUUCUGUAACUCCACCAACACCAACCACAAGGAAACCAACCAAGAAGCCCAAGAAAAUCAAGACUACCCCUGUGUCAAGAGAGCCUAAGACGACCACGCCCAAGCCUCCCAGACGCCCACCUCCCUCAGUUGUUUUCCCUGACGUCAAUGUAAGACCAGAGUUGCGCAAUCCAAUUGAUCAGGUGAAGGCAUACAUUGGCACAUACUUUGAGGUGAAGAUUCCAUCAGACACAUUCUUUGACAAAGAGGAUGGUACAACAGACAAAUUAAGACUAACCCUGAGGAAGAACAGUGAAGUUGUUGGAGAGGACUCUUGGAUUCAGUUCAAUAGCACUAGCCAGUUGCUUUAUGGAUUACCAGACUGGCAGCAUGAGGGUAAACAUGAGUACUUUAUGCAGGCAACUGACAAAGGUGGGCUCUACACAACAGAUGCUUUUGAGGUCCGUGUCAAUCGUUUCGGAAACAAUGUCAAGCCACCAGUUCUUUUUGCUGCUCGGUUCCAAGGGGAACCUCGUUCUGUUACCAAUGAUAUCCACAAGAAGAUACUUCUCAUCAAGAAGCUGGCCUAUUCGUUCGGUGAUCGCAAUUCUAGUUCAAUUACGCUGAGAAACAUCACCAAGGGGUCCAUUGUAGUGGAGUGGACCAACAACAGCCUCCAGCAACAUCCAUGCCCCAAGGAGCAGAUCCAGGCGAUGAGUCGAAGGAUCUCUGAUGCUGAAGGCAAGCCUUCACCAAUAUUCAGCAAUGCCAUGGAGCCAGACUUCAAACCCGUAAACAUCACCAUCAAAGGAACAGGAAGCUGUCGCAACUACAUGUUUGUUCCACCAGCUGAAAUUCCAGACCCAGUUACUACUGCUGUUACUCCCGCUGUGGGAGCAGGACGACAGAGCACUGAUGAUGUUUAUCUUCACACAGUCAUACCAGCUGUGGUCGUUGCAGCAAUUCUGUUGAUUGCAGGCAUCAUUGCCAUGAUUUGUUACCGUAAGAAGCGCAAGGGAAAGCUUACCAUUGAAGAUCAGGCAACUUUCAUCAAGAAAGGAGUGCCCAUUAUCUUCGCUGAUGAACUUGACGAUUCUAAGCCGCCUCCAUCAUCUAGCAUGCCCCUUAUCCUCCAAGAGGAGAAACCUCCUCUUCCCCCGCCUGAGUACCCCAACAUGGCCAGUCCAGAGACAACGCCUCUGAACCAGGACCUUUUGGGUGAGUACACAGGCCUACAAGACGAGGACCCCAAUGCCCCUCCUUACAAGCCUCCACCCCCCUUCUCUACCCCCAUGGAGGGUAAGGGGUCCCGUCCCAAGAACAUGACCCCGUACAGAUCCCCACCUCCAUACGUACCGCCCUAAUGUUUGUCGAUCCCUCCGGUUGUGGAGGACAGGGAACUUGUGCAGUUCCAACUCCAUUGUUGUCUCUUUGCAUUUUUGGAUGUUGGAGGGGCUCUGCGGUUCAGGACAUUGCGUUGGGAGGGUUGGGACGAUUUCGUUAAAAAAAAAAAAAAAUAAUAAUAAAAUAAACUGGACUUUUAAGGGAAGGGGUGUGGGUGUGGGCUGGGGAUGGGGGAUGUAACUAGGUUGUCUGCAAAGGACACCAAGAGCAACCUCAGCCUCUGACUACUCUGGCUACUGCUGAACAGGUGGGAGAUGUGUGCCCUCCAAUCCUAGCGCUUUUGUGUCUAGAUGGGCUUUUUUUGUUGUUUUAUCAUUUCUAUUUCUUUUCGACUGACUUCAGAAUCAAACUACUUGCCUAACAGCACUCUUUUUAUCUUCUGAACUCCUUGUUUUUGAAUAAUACAUAAAGACAAUAAGUAAACUGACUACAGGUGCGAGUGUUUCGUAGGGACAUUCUAUGAAUGAAGAGAAAACAUGACCUAGAGGAACUUGAACAGCCAUGCAGACAAUUGCAGGCUGUUUUGAUUCAAUACAGUUUGCCUUUUAACAUUUUAAUUAUACUGUUUUUAUUCCUUAAAUCACAUGUCUAGUGAAGAUGAGCUUAACAAGCCGUAGCCAAAAAGCUCAAGUGAGAGAGAACCUUUUUUGUAAAUUUGAAGGUUGUUCUGCUAGAAUCUUUUUUUUUUUUUUUUUUCUUUCCCCCCCUUUUAAUGGUGUCAAAGUAACACUGAAAUAACCUGCAGAAAAGCUGUUUUUCACCCCUUAGUGAUUUGUCAUAUGAUGGGUAUAUUCUGGCUGAUUUGUUUUCGUACCUUUUUUCUGUCCCUAUGGUGAUUCAUGCUAGGCCUGAACAGGUAAUCACAGAUAUGAAGAUGUCUUAUUGUACGGUCAACUCUUUGAAAUGCAUCACUGGUAGCUGUUUGUAGUGAAGACGCCUUGUGAUCUAAUUUGAAUGAGACAAGAUGUGGCCUGUGCCCUUUUAAGAAAACAUUUAAAAAAAGGCAUAAAAGUCAGAAUAAAUGCGUCUCACAGUAGGCAUUUAGCACCAAUCAGAACCAAUCUUAAGUCAGUUUGCUCAAAUGAUUUGAAAGGCUCACAGUCUAGGCUAGGCUUUCAAAUAACAUUUUUGUUUGUAUUUUUUGUUUAAUUAUAUUUUUUGUUUUUUGGGGUUUUUUUUGUUUGUUUGUUUUGUUUUCAAUUUUUCAAUAAUGAUUAUGUAUGCCUUGGAUUGACUCAAAAUAACUGAAAAUAAAGACUGAAGAUUUUGAUAACGAA